AUGUCUCCCGGCAGUUUUGUUCUAUUGUCGGAGUCAUGCCCAAAGUCCUCCCCCCCCCCUGAGCUCGAUGUAGUGUUGCUUAUGGCUUGCUCCCAUCUUGCGCGGCACCUCGCCGAUGCAUAUCUUAAUCCAGUAACCAUUAAUUUUGAUAUGGUCCGGUAUUCAGACGCGUUGAAAAUGCAAGAAAGCGGCAUCAAUCCUCAGCGCGAACAGUCGCUCCUGGAGCGAUUUCCACCGGUUGAUCAACUUCUGCUGGAGCGGCCCGCUGUUGUUCUGGACAAAUUCGGCCUUAUUGUUCUAUGGUAUCUCCCUGGAGCGAUUAAUGAAACCACACAGAAUGAUAUGAUGGUGGCGACCAAGAUGAUGUCGGAUCAUCUGGAAAAGAGUGUCAGCCGAACUGCCGCCAAGACGGAGACAUGGCGCACUCAAGGGAGCAAUUUUCGUCCGAGUGAAAACGGCCUCACUCUGGAUUGUAUUAAUCUUUGA